AUUUAUAUUUGGAAAAUAGGGGAUUUCCAUUUUGAUAUCGGAAAAUACGGAUGAAAUAAUGUCAGGAUUGUCUCAAGCAAUUUCAACAUUUUCUAGCUGCAACAAGGCUGGUUCAGUACAAUAUUUUACUCAGUAUCUGACACAAUAUCCAAAUGAUUAUACAGCUCUGACCUGGCGUGGCCGUGCUUACAAUAUAAUAGGAGAAGUAGACAAAGCGAAAGCAGAUUUCGGAAAGGCUGUAAGAGUAACUUCACCACCAAGAAAAUACGUAGCUGAAGCACAGUUGGAGAGGAUAUCUGGCAACAAAACUCGUGCUGAAUAUCUUCUCAAAGAAACUAUUAAAGAAUUUCCCAACUGCGCAGAAGCCUUUUUUCAGCUUGGAUUGGACUUGUACAAUCAAAGUAGAACUGAUAACGCACGUCCUCAUUUUGAGAAAGCCAUAAAUGUUGGAAAAUCAAAUGGGGAACGAGGAGAGCCAUGGUACCCGUGGUGCAAUUAUUGCCUCGGCGAUAUCUACUACAAAAAUGAUGAUAUUUCGAUGGCUUCGAAUUGCUUUCAUGAGGCAAUACGUUACUGCGAUACAUUAACAGUGGCAUAUCUUGGAUCAAGCAAAUGCGACAUAGUUAAUGGAAAUGACUCAAGGGCUCAAGAAAGUUUCCUUCGGGCAAAAGACCUAAACCCAUCAAUCUGCCCUUGGAAUGAUUUUGGCGAAUAUCGGAACGAGACUUUGCAGGGCGGUGGGGAUGGAAGUGGAAACGAUGAUGAUGAUGAUGACCCCGACGGAAGUAAAAUGUUGAAAAAAAUCAAAAAGGAAGCAAUGGAAGUAAAGAAGUAUAAGGGGAGAAUUUACUAUCGAUCAAAAUGUGGGAGGUACUGGUACACCAAAGACACCGCCAGUCAUGGAGGGGCUUUCUUUAAGAAGUACGAGGAUAAGCGGAGUACUUUGGAGUUCGUGGGCUCGGUGGAUAAAAACCUCAGAGAUAUGCCAGGUAAACACGAAUCUGCUCAAGCUCCGACGAUUCGUAAGAGUGACAUGGACACCGUUCAUAGAUAAACAAAUAAAACUGCUCCGUAAAUUAAUUUUGAAGUCAUGCAACUAAUGAUUGUCUUAUUUAAAGAACAGUAAUAAAGAAUAUUUUGUAGAAUUUCUUAAAUAUAUUUAAUAGACUACCGGGUAUAUACAUUUAGUAUAGAAUAAUUACAGGGGUAUGCAUUUUUAUUGGCCAUUUACUGAAAUAAAAAAAAAGGUUAGUGACUAUAUAAAUUCUUUUGUUUUAGAUGUAUAAAAUGUGUGGCUUAAUAAAGUUUUGUAAAUUCAGCUUACAUGAAACCAUUUAUUAAAGUUCUAUGAAUUGCUCUUGCUCAUUUACGGCCCAAUGUAUUAAGUCCACAAACGAAGGAGGUAAAAGACUGAGCACACGUGUCCCGGAACUUUUUUCCGGUAGAAUGAAUGUUUAUUUCAAUAUAGAAGGUUGUACUUUUAAAUGUUUUGUUCUGAAG